GCCUGUGAGGCGCUCGGCUGACUAGGCCGCAGCGGCCAUGGCCGUGAACUAUGGGGACCACGCCAGCGGCUUCCGCCACAAGGAGGUGAUCAAGUUCAUCAACAAUGAAGUCCUCAUGAACGGGGGCAGCCCAGAUUUCUACGUGGCCUUCCGCUCGCGGCCCUGGAAUGAGGUAGAGGACCGACUUCUGGCCAUCGUGGCCGACCCGCAGGUGCCGCGGGCCAUCAAGAGGGCCUGCGCCUGGAGCGCGCUGGCCUUGAGUGUGCGUGUGGCCGCGAGGCAGCAGGAGCAGCAGGUGCGCCUCGUCCGGCGGCUGCAGGAGCAGGUAGUAGAGCGCGAGGCGACUUCCUGGGCUCUGGCUUCCCAGCUGCAGCAGCUGCGACGGGAGCAUGAGGAGAUGGCUGUGCAGCUGCACUUUACAAGGGCCGCCCUGCACCAGGCACAGAAUGAGCGUGAUAUGCUUCGUGGGCAACUGCUCCAGGUCGAGAGGGCAGCCCAGGUCGCCCCGCUCGCCCUGCUGGCCCAUGAAACAUUGCCCGGGCCUCAAGCUGAGCAGCUUGGGGCUGCAGCAUGGCCCUUGAAUGCAGAGCAGCAGAGAGAUGUGGCCAUGGGGGUGCAUGACAGGCUGUAUUUCGAGACCUCGAUGCCACCUCCGACAGCUGUUGUUUAUGUGCCUGGACCCCCGAGUCCCUGUGCCCAGGCCAUGCAACCCCCUCUGCCAAUGCCUGUGCCAUACCAAUUUCCAUGCCACACACCAUCCCCAAUGGGAUUCCCAUUCGUGCCACCUCUACCACCAGCAGUAGUCAUGGGAGCAGAAGCUGCAGUAGACCCACUUCAGAUGCCCCCUCAGGAGAUCUACCCACCUGGCCCAUGGGCUGCAGUGGGCUUCCAAGAGAUGGCCCCACCAUGGGACCAGAGGAGCUACAUGCAAAAAGAAGGUCCUGAGAUCCUCCAGGGUACAGUCCCCUUGGGGGACAUCAGAAGCCUUAGCCAGGAAGAAGGUCCACAGAGGCCCCAGGGGGUGGUCCCCCUUGGGGAUAGUUUGAGCCACAGCCAGGAAGAAGGUCCAGAGAGGCCCCAGGGGAUGGUUAUCCUGGGCGACAACAGGAACCACAGCCAGGAAGAAGGUCCAGAGAAGCCCCAGGAGAUGGUACCUAUGGGGGCCAGUGGGAGCUGCAGCAAGGAAGAAGAUCCAAAAAGACCCCAGGGGAUAGCCCCCUUGGGGGAUAACAGGAGCCAAAGCCAGGAGAAAGAUCUGGAGAGGCACCAGAGAACUGUCCCCCUCGAGGGCAGCAGAAGCCACAACCAGCAAGAAGGUCCACAGAGGCCCCAGAGGAUCCCCCCCUUGGGGCUUAGCAGGAGCCACAGCCAGGAAGAAGUUCCAGAGAGGCCCCAGGGGAUGGUUACCCUGGGCAACAGCAGGAACCACAGCCAGGAAGAAGGUCCAGAGAAGCCCCAGGGGAUGGUACCCAUGGGGGCCAGUGGGAGCUGCAGCAAGGAAGAUCCAAAAAGAUCCCAGGGGAUAGCCCCCUUGGGGGAUAACAGGAGCCAAAGCCAGAAGGAUCUGGAGAGGCCCCAGGGGACUGUCCCCCUGGGGAGCAGCAGAAACCACAACCAGGAAGAAGGUCCAAAGAGACUGCAGAGGAUCCCCCCCUUGGGGCUUAGCAGGAGCCACAGCCAGGAAGAAGGUCCAGAGAAGCCCCAGGGGAUGGUACCCAUGGGGGCCAGUGGGAGCCGCAGCAAGGAAGAUCCAAAAAGAUCCCAGGGGAUAGCCCCCUUGGGGGAUAACAGGAGCCAAAGCCAGAAGGAUCUGGAGAGGCCCCAGGGGGCUGUCCCCCUGGGGAACAGCAGAAACCACAGUCAGGAAGAAGAUCCACAGAGGCCCCAGAGGAUCCCUCCUUUGGGGCUUAGCGGGAGCCACAGGCAGGAAGAAGGCCCACAGAGGCCUCAGGCGACCCCCCCGGGGGACAGCUGGAGCUGUGGUGUGAGAGAAAACCCGAAGAAACAGCAGCCUCAGGGACAGAAGGCCAAGCAACCUAAAGAGAAAAAAGCCUCCGAAUCCCAACACCAGGGGAAGCCUGCCUCACACUACAGUCCAAAGGAUUGGGACUGCCCAUGGUGUAAAGGAAAGAAUUUUUCAUGGCGCAAGGCCUGCUAUAAAUGCAAGAAAGUCCCUAUGGCAGUUGAAAGUGAAGGCCUGGACCCAGGACAAACUCACUAACUUCAGGAAGUUCUAUAGGUGAGGGCCUGUUUUUGUGUUUCUGAGCCCCACAGAACUAAUUUGUUGCUGAAGAAGCUGAGUCUGUCCCGUUAGAAGAUCUCCCAACAGCCUAAAGAAAUCACACCUCCCUUCUGACUGACCUGCACCUCAGUGAGACCCCCCACUGGCUGGAGCUGAGAAGAGUGAGAAGUCAGGGAAGAAGAGAUGCUUUGGCACGCAUUAGGGGGAAAGGGAGGGCAAAAUAAUUUUGUUAGAAUUUAAUUUCUUUAUUGGGACGAGGAAUUAAUUCAUAAGAGUUGGGAGUUUGCAGUGUUAAAUUCUAUAGAUGAUAGCAAAUUUGACAGGUGUCAUUUAAUUCAUUAAACAGUUAUUGUUUAGUGUGUGUUAGGAGCUAGACUUAUAUGUUAAUAUCUGGUGCACGCAUUAUAACCUCAUUUGGUGAGUUUGGUUAGAUGACAGGAGAGAGCCUACUUUGGGAUACAGAUUAUAUCAGGAGUGACUUCUUUGCCUUGCAUGCAGUGUGGCCUGUGAGUAGACCCAAUUGAAAUAACAUCCGGUUAUUUUUGCAGUUCCAGGGGGCAACAUCAAAAAGACUUUCAUGAAAAGACUUGAGUGACUGAACUGUUCAUCUCACUGGUCCCAGGUGAGACAAAUAAAUGAGCAGUGGCAAAUAUCGAGAAAGUAGCCUCACGAAAGUGCAGGCAGGACUUUUCUGAUACUCGGCUGAUUUCCUCCCUUGAGAGGGACGGCUAUUUUCCUGGUUGCCUGAAAGACCACUGGGUGACUGUCUCAAAGGACGGUGCCUGGGGGAGUGUUGGCUACACACUCGAGCCCUCAGCCUCAGGUCACCACCAUCCCAAGGCUCUUUCCAGUCAAGAGUGGAUGAAGAACAAAAUGGAUUCCAAGGACUGACGUCGUGCUAUGGAUGGUGCUUCUUUUGGGAGGACUAACUGGAUUAACAAGAGAACUGGACUGAGACAAGCAUUCUUGAGAACGCCCCUGGGCCCCUUCUCUUCCACUUGGUGUGUUCUCUGUGUGCUCCCCCGAGGCAGGUGAAGCCCAGGGGGGUGAGAGGAGUUAGAUCAGCGUCCAGUCUGACCAAAAGGUGUCCUUGAGUUCCCUCAUGAGAUCCCAGCUCACCAAGCUCAACCUUUGUCAGUUUUCUGAUUCUAACUAGUAAUAAAAAGUGUGCACUUGCCUGCUGUGUCUUUUGUGUAGUGUG